AUGGCUACGACGGAGUUUGGCAUCGUCUACGCCGUCCACAUCAUCACUGACCACUUCGGCUCCGCCGUAUCGAAAGUCUGUGAGUGUCUUCUCCGUAGAGGACCUCUUUCCUUGCAAGACAUCUCUCGUUUAACGGACAUCCCUCGUUUAGGGGAAUCUGACAUCAGUCAUAACCAAGUCAAAGUCAAGGAUAUUCUCCAUCUCCUGAUCCAGCACAAUUGCGUUCAAGCUUUCUCUGUUGAGCCGCCUGAUGGUUCAGAGAGCAAAGCUACAGUACAGUACAUUGUGCUGUUUAACAACAUUCUCCAUCGUGAGAGGUACAGCAAGUUUUCGAGUGUUGUAAAAGAAGAGCUUGGGACUCAGUGCCUGAAAGUUCUUGGGGGUUUACUUAGUUACGGUAGGCUUACCUUGGGACAGCUGAUACAAGAAGACGCCGAUUCACAAAAACCAAUAGGUCCAGAAGCGAUCACCGCUUCUCUUCAGAAAUUGGUUGCUGCACGUUUUGUUGAACGCAUUCCUUCUCCCGAACCUGUUCUUGGAAACAAAGAAGGGCCGGCUUCAAAGAAGAAAGGUGCUAAAGCUGCCAAGAUCUUGAAAGAAGCGGGAAGCUUAGAGGAACGAGUCGUUGAAGCAGCAACUCCAGUUGAAGCAAUAAGUUUUCCACUUGUAUUCGAUCAAGGUCCAGAUUCAUCUUUAGCAGAUAACCAUAGCAACAUCUCUGCGGGGAAGCGUAAACAACGUGAUGUGGAAUCAUCAGAUCAGAGCGAUGAAGUAAUUUGGCGUCCUAAUUUCGAAGAGCUCAUACGCCGCCUUAGACAUAAGGCGUGUGUGGAGAUAGUUAAAGAGCGUAGAGAUGAAGCAUGUGCCACUGUCGUGAGGGCAAUGAUAGAAGUAGGAAGAUCUCAGGAAACGAAGGUGAAAACCGACAAGUCAGUUCCUGUGUCGAUGGGUUCCAUUUAUGGAGAGGUUAUAAAGACAAAAGCAGGCCGCACGAUGCUACAAGAGCGAGUUGAAGAAUGCCUUGAGCAGUUGAGUGCAACGUCUUCUUAUCUACCAGCAUUUGUGAUUGAAACGGCUGAUUCAUACAUAGUUGAUUAUAAAGCCAUUCUCAGCGUAGCACAGAAAGACGAGAUGGAAUCAGUAGUUAUGAGAAGAUAUGGGAAAGAAGCUUUCAGAUUGUUCAGAUACCUGUCACAGGAAGGUCGUUUUGUUGAGACUGAUAAGAUUGCUGAUGCGGCGCUGACUGAAAAGAAGGACACGCCGCAAAUCCUUUUGAAGAUGUGGAAAGAUAGUUAUUUACAAAUGCAGAAAUUGGCGGUGACAGGUGUGUAUAUGCCGUUCCAACUGUGGAAGGUAAACAAGCUGAUUGUGUCGAGGCAAAUGUUGGAUGAGAUGUAUCAUGCUUCCUUAAACCUGUGUCUUAGGCUGAAGCAUGAAGAAGAUUCUGAGAAUGAGUUGCUGUGGCUGCCAAAUCUAGAAGGAGCGUUUGAGAAGAGAGGGAUUCAUCUCUUAGCUAAGAAGGAGUUACUCUUAGCCGCUACGUUUAAACUUGAUGAUGCCAUUAUGCUUUUUCUUGACUUCUAA